AUGAACGUCUUCGCCAUCGGUGCGUCUCGCAACAUCGGCUACCACGCAGCGCGUCGAUUGCUCGCCAAAGGCGCAACAGUGACGUUCCUCCUGCGCUCGACCUCCGUCUUCGACGACGACGACGAGAUUCAACCACACAUCUGUUCCAGAACCGCACGCCUCGUCAAGGGUGAUGCUUUGAAGGCAGAAGAUGUGAAGCGUGGUUGGGAAGCGGCACAGAGUGCCAAUGAUGGUACCGUCGAUAUCGUCCUUUUCAGUGUCGGUGGGACACCCUCAUUCCACGCGACGAAGGGCUUCAUCAUCACCCCGCCCAACCUUUGCACGCAGUCCUUCCUCAACCUCGUCACCACCAUGCCCGCCUCCCUGCGCGCACCCUCCGCCCAGCCGCGCUUCAUCGCCAUCUCCUCCAUCGGGCUCUCGCGCGCCUCGCACGCCGAGCUCCCGCUCCUCCUCAAGCCGUUCUACGGCUACUUCCUCCGCGGGCCGCACACGGACAAGCUCGCGAUGGAGCGCGUCAUCGCUCACUGUGCAGGGUGGGAGUGGGCGCACGAGACGCCCGACGCGGAGGCUCUCCCCACGGACUGGACGAGUCUGCCCGGCCUGCCUGCGUUAGGCGAGCUGCAGCACGUCGUUGCGGCGGAUAAGAAGAGUGGGAAGGAGCCGUAUAGGGUCAAGGACUGCGAGCUCGGAGACGGGUAUACCGUCUCCAGAGAGGAUACCGCGCAUUUCCUGGUCGAGGGGCUAUUGUCGCAUUGGGACCAGUGGGAGGGGAAGCGGGCCCACAUUGCGUACUAG